UCUGUGUUUGUAUAUGUUUUGCUCAACACAUUAUUUCAAAUAACUAUAAAAACAUAUAUACAUUCCAGUUUAACAUCAGUUCACAAUCGUCCCAUUGAAGAUUCAUAAUUUUACUUCCCACUUUCCGUUCGCAUUCGAAAUUCGAAAUUCAUAAGCCGAAAUAAAAGGAGAAGGAAGAGGAAAUGGCGUUCAAUUUCAGUGCGAUGCAGUAUGAGCGUGGCUUUCAAGCAAAGAGCGUCAGCAAUUGGGAAUAUCCACGCUUUUCUCCACCUCUGCCACGCAUUCUGAAAGGGAACUCGAAGCCACUCGCAGGGAUCGACGGACAUCUGCUGCCCACAGCAGCUCGGGACGGCAAUUUCUUGGGUCAGUAUCGCGGCACAUAUCAUUUGCCUUUGCGCAUUACGCGCAGCUUUGCGACGCACUACAAUAAUUGCCUGAGUAACAGGUAUAAGUAUUGGAAAUAUCCGAGGAAUCUGUGCAACUGCCAGCGAGCGCUUAAGCAUCAGUGCGGCUACCGUGAGACAUUGGGCCUGAAGGAAGAUCCGUUUUGGCAGAAACCAGAAUGCCAGACCAAGUGUCAGGGUCUGCAUCAAAUGCUUGAAAUCAACAAGCUGCACUUGAAGUGUCAGCGCGUCAAGUGCCAGCCAAAGCCCACUGAAAAGCUGAUUCCACGCAUUGGCGACGCCUCGUCCAGGUAUCGAAAGAAACUAAAGAAGCGUCCAGUCACUGCCUUCGAAUACAAUCGUCGACAUGGUGCCCACGGGGAGGACUUGAAGGCGAACAAAGUUUCCAAAGAGGCUAUCAAGGAUCCUGCCAAGGAGCCUGCCAAAGAGCCUGCCAAGGAGCCUACCAAAGAGCCUACCAAAGAGCCUGCCAAGAACCUCGCUGCAACUUCAAGUCAAACCAAAUCGACAGCCAGGUCGACCACCAAAUUGGCCAAAUCAUCAAAGACAAAAGCCAAGUAAUCCCUCUUCCUCUACCUAAUGCACUGGUUGACAUAC